AUGGGGAUUACUCUUCUCUUAUUCUUAGUCUGCAUCAGCAGAACCGUCUCUGAGAAUAUUGACGAGAUGCUAAGAAAACAUGACAGUGAAAUAAAAGAUGUACUCGAGUUGCCCAAAAACGAAAAAGAAGAAUUAAAAAAACAAGAAAAGAAUAUUAUUGAUGUGAAACAAGAUCACGUUAGUUCUUCUGGCGAUGACAUUCUGGAAGUCAAUAUGAUGGACCAUACAUCGGGAGCGUAUCAAGGCGACAUGAUGCUAACGGAAAGUCAAGUAGAGGACAUUAAAGAGGACAUCGAAGAAGAAGUAGCAGAAAAAAAUGGUAAUGCCACGGAGUACAGAAAACGACGAAAACGCCAAGCAUUCCGCGACUCUAGAUAUCCUGAUACAACAUGGCGAGAUGGAGUCUACUAUUUCUUCCACAGCAGCGCGACUCCAAAAGUUCAAAGCGUUUUCAAAAAAGGUGCCCAAGAGUGGGAAAAUUACACAUGCAUUGACUUCCACGAAGAUAAAAACCAAAAAGCUGAACACAAAAUUCAAGUCUUCGUUGAAAACGGUUGUUGGUCAUACGUCGGUAAAAUUCAAAAACCGCAGCAAGAACUAUCUCUUGGGCAAGGAUGUGAUUCUGUUGGCACAGCUGCUCACGAAAUAGGUCAUGCUCUUGGAUUUUGGCACACUCAAUCAAGGCACGAUCGCGAUAGCUUCAUCAGAUUGGACACAGAAAAUAUUAAGAACGAUUGGUUAAGUCAGUUCACUAAACAAACGACGGCUACCAAUAACAACUAUGAUAUUACGUACGACUACGGAAGCAUAAUGCACUAUGGAUAUAGAGCUGCAUCUCACAACAAAAAGCAAACGAUGGUUCCGAAAGACCAACUGUAUUCGCAGACCUUAGGAUCACCUUUUAUUUCCUUCUACGAGUUGCUUAUGAUGAACAAACACUACGAAUGUCUAAAAAAAUGUAAGCCAGAGACAUCCGCAAAAUGUCAAAUGAACGGCUUCCCUAAUCCUCGUGACUGCACAAAAUGCAUUUGUCCAAGUGGAUUCGGCGGUGAUCUUUGUGAUCAAAAACCAUCUGGAUGCGGUCAAGUACUAAAUGCGACUAAAGACUACCAAACUCUCACAGAUACGGUUGGCGACAUCAACACUCAAAUAAGGGAGGACUUUUCAAAGUGCUACUAUUGGAUCCAGGCACCAAAAGAUUCUCGUAUUGAUGUUAAGAUCGAAAGUUUCACAAGAGGGCUUGCUGUUGAUGGCUGCUCUUAUGCUGGAGUCGAAAUUAAAACUCAUGAAGAUCUUCGCCUUACUGGUUACAGGUUCUGUGCUCCAGAAGAUAAGGGGGUCACUUUGGUGUCGAACUAUCACAUUGUCCCUGUGAUCACAUACAAUCGAGCCUAUGCAUCCACAACUGUCCUGAAGUACCGAAUCGCUCCUGAUGAUCAAACGGAAAAUACUACGAAGCAACCAAAGACAACUGAAAGUACAACAAAAACAACGAAAAAACCAAAGGCAAGCUCUGAUUGUAAGGAUGAUGAACGCUUCUGUCCCCAACUGAUGAGGCUGAGAAACUUCUGCACAGACCCUCAUUAUUCAGGACGCUUGAAAGAAAGAAUAUGCAAAAAAUCUUGUGGUUUAUGCUAG